GCAUGCGGGCGGAGGGCGGGACGGGGUUGAAGUCGCCCCGGGGCGCUCACCGGUUCCCACAGGCACCACCGGGAGCCUCGGCGGGCCCUGCCCGGUAAACUUUUCCCAAUCCCGGUAGACGCCCGGCGCCUCGGAGGAGCCGUCCGGCAGCCAGAGCUGCUUGGGUCGGGGGUUUGGGGUUUAGCUUGGUUUGUUUUUUUGUUAAGUUUUUUAUUUUCCCCCGGCGCAUCCUUGUGCUGCAUCCUCUCAUCUCUGUCCCAGAUAACUAAGUGAUCUUUGAGAGCGGCCCUGGGGACCAAAUGCAAAAUGAGCAGCAAAGGACAGUGCAGAAGACACAGAGGGCUCUGGGUCUGAGCCACGAGGAUUUGAAGAUGUCUGCGUGCAGUGACUUUGUGGAACACGUUUGGAAGCCCGGCUCCUGCAAAAAUUGCUUCAACCCAAAGAGUUCCCAUCAGCUGCAAACACCCCCAGACGUGGGUACUUGUGACGUGCUCCCGAAUGGAGUUAGGACCAAGCCUGAGAGCCCUGCGUUGGAAGACGAAGGUGUAAAUACCUCUCCCUUCUCAAAGCCAACAAUUGCCGUUAAGCCAACUAUGAUAAACUCGGAUGUUUCUGACGCGUGGGUGGAUGUGAAUAUGAAUGCAGAUUUGUCACAGGUCAGCUGGGGGAUGGUUUCUGGCAAACACCUCCUUCUGAAAUCAGGAGAUGCACAGCGGAUCUGCCUCGACAAUUUUGGCAAUGGUGGUGUGAGAAAGCCCUUCCUUCACAACCCACCCAGCGACUGCUUGUCUUGCUGUCCUCCAAACUACUCCAUGGUGGGCCUACGCAGCCUGGAGAGUCGAGUGGAGAGAAAUGUCUCCAUCCACAGCCUGGUACUUGUGGGUGAGGUGGGCAAGCAGGAGGACAGAGCCAAAGACAAGUUUGUCCUGCCGCAUCGGGGCCCCUGCCCUAAUGCAUCUGACUUGGGAGACAGAAGCACCGUGAACUCCAGCAGAAACCCUUCUUCUCAAGCCAGAGAAGGAGCAGCACUUCCCUUGGAGGGUGACUGUGGUCACCUCUCCUCUGACUUUGAAAGUGAGGGGGGCGAGUACUGUUUGAUCACGGACUGCCGCAGAGAGUGCUCAGUGGCGCGGGAGCCGCGUUGUGCAGAGGGGAAGGUUGCCCGGUGUGAGAAGGAGAGCCCCGCUCCCUGCAGAUGGAGGCAGCGGGAUGCUCCUGAAAUUCCCAGGCCAAGUGGCAGGGCGGUCAAGUUUAGUGAAGAGGAGCAGAGAACUGUGAAUGUGGCAUUCUGCAUCACAAAAGACCAGGGUGAUCCUCUCCCCUGUGCCCCGUGUUCAGAGAGGAAAAAGCUGAGUCUCCGUGCUGAGCCUGCUGCCCUCCCUGAGAGCACAGGCAGCAGCAAGACGGCUGCCUUUGCUGUAUCCCGGGAGGACAAGGACUCUCCUCUUGCUGGAGAGCCCUCUGUCACCAGAGGCCACUGGCCUGAGGGCUCAAGCACCCUUCAGCAGGCUCUGGUGGAGCCGCAGCACUCACGCCUUGCCUCACCUCCCCGCAGUGAUCCCAUCUAUGCUGAGAGCACCAAGAGGAAGAAGAUGCAGCUGAAGGCUGUCAGUGGACAGGCAAAAGCAGAGAAGUUGGCCCACGGCACUGGCAAGGAUCAAGCUGAUGGGGUGUGGAGGGAUGGCAGCUGGACUUUGGGUGGUGAGAAGGAAUACCAGGACUCCACCAGCCAGGUGGCAGCAAAGAUAACUAUCAUGACAGCACACACUGAGGAUGAUCACAAGACAAUAUUCCUCAGCAGCCCUGACUCGGCAGUGGGGGUUCAGUGGCCAUGUAUCAGCCCCACCUCCCACCCUGAUUUUGGGACUUCAUCAGCUGCCAUUGAGCCUAGAGAGAUUUUUCAAGCAUCUGGAAGUGAAAACAGCAUACGGUUUCAUCUGGCAGCUCCUGCCAAGGCCCCAGUUACUGAGAGUCCAGCCAUUCCCCCAAAGAUGUCAAAAACCAGCCAGACAGGCAGUGAAGGGAACCAUGUGCCCCCAGUGAGCUCCCACGUGGGGAGGUUUGGUGAUGACAAUAGCCAUGACGGAGCUGGUGUUCAGCUGCUGCCAAGGAGCAGUACAGAUACAGGUGCUUUUGGAGCAUCCCCUUCUCCGUGCACUCGUGUCAAUGGGGUCUCUGUGGAGGAGUCCAGCAGAGGCCUGGCAGGCUCGUCCUAUGACAGGAGGCAGAAAUACUACACUCCAGCAUGGACCAAGCAGUGCCGGAUAGAGGAGGAGGAGGAGCAGGAGCUCUUAAUUCACCCAUGGACAGUGGGAGCUGAGAAUGGAAGAGCUAGUGUCAACCUUGUGGAUGAUGGCCCGAUGCUGGAGACCCAGACUGGGAUCAGCAAAUCAUCAUCUUUCUCGUUUGAUUACCCUAAAGACAAGAGCAAUGACGUGGAGUUUACACCACCACCACCACCACCUCCGAAAAAGCAGUCCAGGCACGCUCUGAAGAUGAACCCGAAUAACGCUGAGCUGGAGAGGGUCAGCAACAGCUCUGCCGAGAGCCUCAGCUCACCUUUCAGGACCGUCCAUGUCAGCUUCACAGCUGGUUCCAGUGACAGCCUCGACUCGGACACGCAGACUGGCAGUGAUGGCCGGCACUCGUCUGAGCCGAAUCACUCGCCCCCUCCAGCUGAAAGCCAAAUGUUUCCCCCUGUCCCUUUCCUUCCUGCCUCUGGAGAGGAUGGUCCCACCUCUUCCCCCAGCUGCCCGCCCCCUCUGCCCCAGAAGAAGACAGUCAGCAGAACUGUGUCCUCCCCAGAUGGCUUUUUUGGGGGACAGGCAUCUUCAGGUGCUGCCAGCCCCAGGCUGAAUGUCAGCCACUCAGAAAGCAAUGUCUGCCGCCAAGAGGAGCCUCCCUUCGGCCACUCAGCCAGCCUGGGGGGCCACCCUGGAGCUUUCUCCUCCUCUGAGUCCCUGGAGAAAGGCUCCAAAGGAAACAGCUGCUGGGGCUCAGACACUGGUAAGAGCACAAGGGCUUGUGUUCCUAGCAGAAACCUCCAGUCCCUUUCAAACUCGCAGCUCAGUGUGUCCAGCCAGGUGUCAUCAGGCUCCAGCCUCCAGCUCCACAACCUCCUGAGCAAUAUUGACAGCAAGGAGGGGGUAUACACCAAGCUGGGGGCCCUCUAUGCUGAGUCCUUGCGCCGCCUGGUUGCCAAAUGUGAGGACUGCUUCAUGCGGGAACAGAAGAACGAGCUGCGCUUCAGCGAGAACAACUGGUCACUCUUCAAGCUGGCGUGCAACAAGCCCUGCUGCGAUUCGGGGGAUGCAAUAUAUUACUGUGCCACCUGCUCCAAGGACCCUUCUACCACCUAUGCUGUGAAGAUUUGUAAAACCCAGGAGUCCAAGGUGGCUGCUUCAUACUGCAGCCCUGCAGUGCCAGUCCACUUCAACAUCCAGCAGGACUGUGGGCAUUUUGUGGCCUCUGUCCCCUCCAGCAUGCUGCUGGCCCCAGACGUGGGGAAAAGCAUGCCUGGGGAUGGCCUCCAUCCCUCCCGCACUGCCAGUGAACAUGACUGUGUGGUGGUCAUUACCCGGGAGGUGCCAAGCCAGACCACUGCUGACUUCGUGAGGGACUCAGUGAUGUUGCACCAAGCCAAGCCUGAGCUGUAUGAGCGCCGUGUUUGCUUCUUGCUCCUCCAGCUCUGCAAUGGCCUGGAGCAUCUCAAAGAGCAUGGUAUCAUCCAUCGUGACCUGUGUCUGGAGAAUCUCCUGCUUGUCCCCUGCAAGCCCCCCAUGAGCUGUGUGAAAGCCAAAGAUGACAAACACUUACCCCGCCUCAUCAUCAGCAAUUUUUUGAAGGCCAAACAGAAGCCAGGAACUGGAGACUCCAAACUGAAGAAGAGUCAAGCCCGACUGGCCCCGGAGAUUGUGUCGGCUUCUCAGUACAAGAAGUUUGACGAGUUUCAGACUGGUAUUCUCAUCUAUGAGCUGCUGCACCAGCCCAACCCCUUCGAGGAGAAGGUGCACCUCAGGGGACAGGAGUACAGCCCUGAGGACCUCCCUGCUCUGCCCACCCUGUCCAUCUACUCCCGGGGGCUCCAGCAGCUGGCUCACCUGCUGCUGGAAGCAGAUCCCAUCAAGCGUGUGCGGAUCACCGAGGCCAAGCGGAUGCUGCAGUGUCUGCUUUGGGGUCCCCGGAAAGACCUCACCGAGCAGCCCCUCAGCCAGGAGGAAGCCCUGCGCCAGGUGCUGCAGAACUGGGUGGACAUGAAGCGUGCACUGCUCAUGAUGAAGUUUGCUGAGAGGGCUGUGGACAUGGAGCGGAGCAUUGAACUGGAGGACUGGCUGUGCUGCCAGUACUUGGCAUCUGCUGAGCCAGCCUCCCUGUUGCACACACUGAAAUUGCUGCAGCUGCUCUGACCUUGGCUGCAUCUCGGAGGCAGCUGAGGGCUCCUUGUGGUUGAAUGUACUCAGCCCCUUUACACGCGAGAGGCUUGAAUCUCAUGUUCAGCUCCUGCCCUGCACUCCCACCAGAAUGCACAAGACACAUUUAGUACUCAGCACUGUUAAUUUGGGAGCAGGCAAAACUGGGAACCUACCCCAAUUUGGGGGAUGUUUGGUUUUGUUUUUUUUUUUUUAAAUUUGGUAUGGUAAGUCUAUGGACUAAUAAACAACCGCUUGCGUGUGUGCAUGUUUCUAAUGAA